GGAAGAUUGCUGCUUUACAACAGAGAUGCAGAGAGAAGGAUUACCGAGUGCAAGCAUUUGCACAACAAUUGUCUCGUUACGUCCAUCGCGACAGCUACGUGAAACUAGAGGCAAAGCGAGCAUCGCUAGAAAGCAAUUUACAACGUGCAAACAGAAAGGCCAGAUCUCUGGAACAGAAACAGGUUUAUUCCAAAGCAUUUCUCGACGAGAUGAUGUGGGAAAUGCAGGGAUUACAAGACGUCAAGGUAUCCCUAUCCAAGGAAAACUCUAAUUUGAAAGAUCAGGCUGCACGCCAUGUCGCCGAAGUGUCAAUAUUAAAGGAGAAAUUACGCUGCAGCAAUCAGGAGUGUAGAGCAUUCAAAUGCAAGAUUGACAUUCUUAACGAGUUGCUACACAACAAGCAGGGUGAGGUUACACAGAAGGACAGUGCCCUUGAGACCAAGAAUACAAUCCUAGAGGCAAUCAAAACAAUUGCCUACACCUCACCAUCACCUGUUCUGUCUUCAAAUGAAUGGGAAGAUGCAGAAGACGUGGUAGAGCAACACACAAGCACCGAUAUCGGCACACACUGUGAUAAUGGGAAAGCAGUCAAUCGCAGACAAUCAACGACAAGACGGAAUGGUUGUGAUGUUGGUGGACACAAUGCACGCCCAUCUAAGACUUGCAACAAGCCAAGUUUCGCAGAUAAUAGCCGUCGUGUUUCUUGUAAAAGCUCCUACAAAUACAAGGAUGCUGUACAGGCGGAUCAACAAAGUGAGAUUUACACAUCAGAUACAGGCUCAUGGGAGACUGACACAAGCGGUCCGUACCAAGUUGCAUCGUCCAGCAGCACCAGUUAUCAGGAUCUGGGCGAGCAAGAAACGAGUCAUGAUAGACGAAAUGAUUUUAUCGAUGAAGAGGAAGAUGACAACGAAAGUUUACUUGAUUCUGAGCUUUCUCUCGGAGAAGGCGAGUGUGUCAAAUACGGAGUUAAUGCAGAAGGUCUGUUGCUACGGAAACAGGAACAGGAGAACUAUGCAAUGAGAUCAAGAGAUAGGUGCUGGCAUUACGUGUACGUAGUGCAGAACAGUACUGUGUUGAUGUUUUAUGAAACGAGAGAGCACAAGAGACGAGGUAAAACCCUCCAUGACGAGUCCCCAAUUGAUCUGAUUGAUGCCUUGGUCACGGUAGCUGUUGAGUACACACGCAGGAAGCACGUGUUUAGAGUGCAAUUGAAAACCGGUAAGCAGUACCUAUUCCAAGCCAGGGAUGACCGUGAAAUGCUGUACUGGGUUUCCUGUAUGGACAGUGCGGCCCGUUGCCAGGUGGCAUUGACCAAUGGAGUUCCUCCUUCCAUCGCUUCAGUUUCCGCGCCACAGCUGGGAUCCCCAAGCAAGAGCGACAGAAUCAAAAAUGCGAUUAAGGGCAGCUUGUCUGCUUUAAUAAAAUAGGUGCAGACCAAAAGUAGACGAGACACGGUGGAAGUGUGGACGAAUGCAGUGUUAAGACAUUCUGUGUGAACAAAGUAACAACUCAAAGCAAGGGGAAGGCUCCAAGUUACGAAGCCGUGACGUCACUCAGCCGCACGUCAACGAAUGGACUAUAUACCUGCGCAGCAAAACCUUUUUUCUUUAUGAUUAAACUUGAAAUCGGCUUGUACUUAAUACUGACUUUUAAAACAAAAGAAGUUAUGGUUG